CUGUCCGCGUACCCGUCAUUCACAGCGCGGCCACGGGGGAAGCUGGGAACCUCUUGCUGACUGGAGUUUGGCCCUCUCAGUCGUGCGCGCCUGAACUCUGAAUGUGCCGCAGUGUCAGUCUCGGGCCAAGCCGCGGAGCAGCUGUUCCAGUGUGGUUUUCCUGAACCACACUCUUACACCAAGCCCUUUGGGACAAGAACGCUUUGACUAAUCAUUAAGGAUUUCACAACCAGAUGAGACAACAGCUCUUAGGUUAAUUAUCAGAGUACUUAACAUUCCUAGAUUGGUUGGAUCUUCAGAUUCUGUUCCUGAAGACAUGGAAGGGCCAACUACAUAUGCAUUCAGCAAGGUUAAAGAAAUGAGAUUCAAGAAAGACACUUAGAUCUUCACACAGAAAGAGUCCUUGUUUUGGACCUGGGGUUACUUUCCUCAAUAAGAAAGCUGUGAAGCUCACCUCAGAUGACCAAAUGGAAAGUGCAGCAGCCCAGCUGAUAUGUUCUGAUGCACAGUAGAUUAAGACUCCAGAGUGUUGCUGGGUGCGGACUUUGAAGCUGAGGUGCAGAAGGCUAAGCAGGCUUUUAGAGGCUGCUCUUGGUGUGUGCUAGCUGACCAGGAGAACUGAGAGCUGGUUGGUGUUCAAGGUAGUCUAGGAGAGGACACGCCCUUCUUACUGGGCCAUACGCCCUGCAAAGCCAGGCUUACUAAGGAAGCAUUUCCUUGCCCACUGCCUUUGUUCCAAUUCAAUGGAGCUGGCGGCAGCCUUGGCAGACCUCCAGACGGAGGCUAGCUGUCCCAUCUGUCUAGGAUACUUGAAAAACCCAGUGACAAUCUACUGUGGGCAUAACUUCUGCCUCCCCUGCAUCAGUGAGUCCUGGAAGGAUCUAAAAGUCAGUUUCCCUUGCCCUUCUUGCCAUUAUCUCUGUCCACACAGAAAAUUCCAAAACAAUUUCCAGCUAGGUAAUCUGACUGAAGUGGCUAAGCUACUGCCGCUGAGAAGGAGCAAGAGAAAAAGGGAGGAAGGAAAUGUUAUGUGUGAGAAGCACAAACAGGUUCUGACCGUUUUCUGCCAAAAGGACCUAGAGGUUUUGUGUCCACAGUGCAGUUUCUCUGCUGAUCACCAGCAGCACUAUGUCUGGCCCAUAGAGAAGGCCGCUGUCUAUCAUAGGAAACAGCUAGAGCGGCACAUCGAGCUCUGGAAGGAGAGAGUGGAACAAAUUGAAAAAGUGAUUACUAUGCAGGCUGGAAAAUCAGUGGAACUUAAGAAAAAGGUAGAACAUAGGAAAGAAGAAAUAAAGUCUGAAUUCGAACAGUUUAUGCUGUUUCUUCAAAAUGAGCAAGAGACUAUUCUUAGGCAAUUGCAAGAUGAAGAGAGGGAGAUUUCAGCAAAAGUAAAUGAAAACCUAGCAGACAUUUCAGAGCAUGCCUCUGCAUUAAAAUAUCUAUUAAAGGAGAUAGAGAGCAAACAUAUAAAGUCAGAAGUUGAAUUGCUGACAAGUAUUAAGAGUAUCUACCACAGAUAUAAAAGUUUAAAAUGCCCUGAAAUUUUUUCAUUCCAAUUCAAAGAUUAUAGUUGCCAGCUUCCUCCACAAUAUUCUGGACUAAACAAAAUUAUCAAGCGAUUUCAAGUAGAUGUACUCCUAGAUCCUGAAACAGCACAUCGUAAACUUACUAUCUCAGAAGAUAAGAAAACUGUGCGUUAUGGAAAUAUGCAAAAACUACCUCAUAGCCCAAAAAAGUUUUACAUCUGGCCAGCUGUACUAGGGGCUAAGGGUUACAGCUCUGGCAGGCAGUACUGGGAGGUGGAGGUGAAAGACAAGCCCGAGUGGAUCCUGGGUGUCUGUAAUGAGUCUCUUCCCAGAAGGAAGAAGAACCAGAAUCAACCCUUUUUAGUAAAAGAGGGGCUAUGGGGAAUUGGGCGAUGUAGUCACACUAGUUACAUUGCAUUCGGUGCUAAGAAAAUUAAUCUUUUGCCAAAAGUAAUACCCACUAAGAUCGGCAUUUUCUUAGACACUGAAAUGGGUGAGGUUUCCUUUUACAAUUUAAAUGAUAGAUCUCUCCUGUAUACUUUUAAUGAUUAUUUUGGAGGAGCACUUUGGCCUUAUUUCUACACUGGAACUGAGUCACGACCCCUCAGAAUCUGUACCAUAACAGAUUCUGAAUGAUGAGCUAUUGCAAAUCUCUUUUGUUGUUUGUUUUCUACAGUUAGUGGACAUAGUAGUACCAGUUAUCAAGCAAAUAUUUAAUAAAAUUCUAUUUGAAUAGAUAGCAUCUAUUCAAAUAGAUGUAGUUGAUGGGUUUUUCCAGUUUUCACUAAAUAAUUUUGUCUUUCAUCAGGUUCUAAAAAAUGUAAUUAUAGUGCCUUUGUAGAUAAAUCAAGGGAGUCCUACUAGAAGUUCUUAAAAUACUUGGAAAUUGUAUUUAACUGAAUGUGUUACUCUAGUAGUUGUCAAUAAAUCUACAUUUUUUUUUCUGUA